AUGUUUGCACCGAAACUUCGAUCGUCGGAGAGCUGGGGCGAGACAAUAUCGCCGAUCACAUACGUCGCCUUUGACAUGGCGCGAAUCAAGCGAUUGCACAAUAUUCUUGCUCUGGAUCGACUGAAGGUCAUCGCGGAGGAGUGUGUGAGACGAACAGGCCUCUUUUUUUCCGUUGGCAGCUCUACAACUACCGUCUCUCGUCAGGAGUGCAUCCAACAUACUAUGCCCCAAAUGGGCUCCAAUUUGUUGUGA